UUAGGUUAUAAUAUGGGCAAAACAAUCUGGCAACGCUGACUGCUGUCUGACAAGUAAAUCAGUCAGUGUGUCGCGUCUAUUGGUGGUAUUAGUACGCGUCUGUUUCAACUCCCAGCCUGACAGAUUUUUUUUUUUUGUGUAACCACGCCUACACAGUGGCUGCCAAGGCUUACCCAUGAGUUAAACCUUCUUUAGUUGGUAAUGAGGAAGGCGUGGACUCUAGCAGUGGACACCGGAAGGCAGCAGUGGGUGAAAACAAGCAAAAUAAAGAAAAGUUUGGCUGUGAGAAGGUGCUAGACAGCCAGCCUUAGUGACAAGGAGGCAGGAAGGUAGAUCACCACCACAGGGAAGAUGGCAUCGUUGAGUCCGGAGCAUAAUGUAGCAGUUUGCAUCCCAAGCACACAGCAAUGCGAUGGCGUCACAUUGUACAACAUUAAUCUGUGUGUAGGAGGUGUUCAGUGGUCAGUUAAGCAGCGUUAUAAUGCCUUUGCUGAGCUCCAUGAGAAGCUUGUCAGCAACCAUGGUGUUGCUCGAGAUCUGCUCCCACCAAAGAAGAUCUUAGGGAAUAAGGAACCAUCUUUCAUAGAGAAGAGAAGAUGCGAUCUAGAGCUUUAUAUCCAGACUAUCAUCAACUUCAUGCAUCACACCUUGCCCCGGGAACUAGCAGAGUUCUUGGACUUCCAUCAUUAUGAGCUGACCCACCUUCUUCAGUCAAUGGCCAGACAGUUUUAUGAGGAAGGUGAUAAGGUUCUAAGUGAAGGUCAUCCUGUCGUCUUCACACCAUUACAGCUGCAUGCCCUCUCAUACCGACUCAAGAAUCCUCUGCCUCCCAGUGUGGCAGCAGCAGAUGAAACUGACUUCAGCCAUGUUGUUGAUUUUGUCACUCAAGUAAAGCACCUCGUCAUCCAAGGAAGCAGCCAACCAUUCAGAGCAAGCAACAUCAUCCAGAAUAAUCUCCCCUACACACUAAAUACCUUCAAGAGUGUUGAGACCUUAACACUGACUGAAGCUUGUACUGCCCCCAUUGGUCACCUUGGAGCAGUCAGGAGAACCACCAGAACACUGCAGGUAAACCAGAGUGGUAUGACACAGAUGUCUGAUAUACUGCUGUGUGACGCUGUGUUCCAGGAGACUGUUGAAGGGAGUGAUCCUCAUAAAUGGUUAUCUCUCACUGAUGUUGAUGUCAGUUGUAACCAAAUCAAAAAGACUGAUGAUUCCAUUGCUCUUGCUCCUAACAUAGAAAAGCUAAACCUGAGUUGUAAUAAACUUUCAUCAGUGGAAAGUCUAACAAAGCUUCCACAUUUAAUUUCUCUUAAUCUCUCAAAUAAUCUCUUUAGUGAAUUAGAAAGCAUGCACACAAAACUUGGAAAUGUUGUUGAUCUGGAUCUGUCACAAAAUAGUUUAACAUCCCUCAAAGGUUUAAGUAAGCUUUAUUCCUUAGCCUCAUUGAAUGUAUCAACUAAUAAUAUUUGUGAAAUUGCAGAAGUUAGUCACAUUUCAGGCCUUCCUUGUCUAGAGACUCUAAUAAUUACUGGCAACCCAGUAGCAACAGUAGUUGAUUACCGCACCAAAGUACUUGAGCUUUUUGGUCAGAGAGCUGCAGAGGUCUGUUUAGAUAAUGAACGGCCCACUCAGAGGGAGUUGGAAUUUGUGGCAGUGCUCCAAGCCAUCCGAGCAUCAAGAGAAGGUAGAUUACCAACUCUCAGCAUAUCAAGCCCACUCCCAGUUACAACAUCCACACUUUCUUUUAACAGACCAGAUGUAGCCACUGCUGUCAGUGAAUAUUCAGUUACUAAAUGAUAAUUUUCUUCUACUGAGUAAUUUUUCAUCGUGUCAUCAGGAGGAUUUGAGACGUUAUAUGCUAAGGAUAAAAUGUGAAGCCUCUUCCAAAACUUGGAUUGUGCCAAAUUUUAUUAUAUGUUUAUAAUUUUUAGGUGAUUUUCAUAUUUAUGGUAUAUUAUAAUUUUUCUCUAGUCAUUUUACUUCAUAGAAAAGGUGUUAAAAAUAUAAGAUUAAGCUGCAGUAAAGAUUUGGCAUGAAGUC